UUAAAAUCACCCAUCACAUGUCUACCCACUCAAAAUACCCUUAUUUAUAAACCAUUCCAGCAACGCCAACAAAACAACCAGUAGUUAACUUCUUGAUAUGCACACUCCCACUCCCUCAAAACGCCAUGAGAAAAAGACGAAAAACAACCCAUAAACCCCACACUCACUUCUUUCUCCUAAACAAACAAAAAAACAUAACAAUACAUAGAUAGAACUAAACCAAAAACCAAAUUUCAGAAAAUAGCCCCACCAUUACCACACACAUCUACAGCUUGCAGAACAAGUUCAUAUCAAAAGGGAGAAAAUGUGCUACGUGGGAAAAGCAACAAAGAUCUUCAUCUUCAUCGUCUCGGCGCUCGUUGUUACUGGUCUGAUCAUAGGAUUCGGUCUCUCGCGACACCGACACAGCAAUAACAACAACAACAAAUGCUCCGAUGAAUCUUGCGGUACUUUCCCAACACCGAAUUUCAAUUUACCUACUCCUCCUUUUACACCAGGCAACCCCAUUUCUAUACCUGCUCCUCCGGUACAAUCAGAAUCUCCGCCAGUAACAAAUCCAACUCCUCCUCCUCCGCCGCCUGACUCCUCCACCUCCAGCUCCAACUCUCCUCCUCCUCCUCCGCCUGACUCUAACCCGAACUCUCCUCCUCCACCAUCAAUUCAGUCUCCGCCGUCUCCUCCGCCGACUGUAGCAGAGCCGCCGACGGGAAGUACGCCGGGAUCGGCGUUAGUGAGUCCGGGUCCUGUACAUGCUAUUUUCUAGGUUAGUUGAUUGGCAUUUUGAUUUUUUCGAUCAAUGAAGAAAGGGGAAAAUUGGUUGGUGGUUGUGGAUUUGGAUCUGAUAGCUUUUUUUUACUACUUUUUAUUUUUGUUUAUUUACUGAGGUGAUGAUGUUUUUGAUUUGAGGAUUGGGGCAUGGGGUGAGCAUCUUUGUGAGCUGGCCUUGUGUAAAUUUACUGAGUUGUCCCUACCACUUUAAUUUAAUAAUGACUCUUUGCUUAAA